AUGCAAGGCUUGAGAUCACAUAGAUUAGGUAUUGAAAAAUUAUGGACUUGGUUGACUAUUAAUUGGGAUGAAGUCUACAAAUUAUUGCCUCCGGGAUUAUCUAUGUUAGGUUCGGUUGUUACGCUUGCUUCCUGUGGAUUUACUAAAAAGGAACAAAAAGAUAAAGUUCAAUCAUUUUUCAAAUCCAAAAACACCAAAGGGUUUGAUCAGGGUUUAGCUCAAUCCAUGGAUAUGAUUACUGCUAAGAGUGCUUGGGCUACUCGUGAUUCUGGUGCUAUUACAAAAUGGUUAUCUUCUAAUGGGUAUUCAAAAUAA